CCCUUGCUCGCUGUGCUCUCGUGUGCUUCUCCCACCCUCUACAUUCGUUACCUACCCACGCAUCGACAUGCUCAACCGGAAGGCUCGCGUCCUCGUUCUCCACGGCUUCGCGCAAAACAGCCGCAUCCUCGCGGCCAAGCUCGCACAAGCCGAGCGCAUCUUUGACGGGCACGUCGAGCUCAUCUUUGUCGAUGCGCCAAACAUCCUCCUUCGGCCGACGAUGGCCUACGACAACAGCCCGGACGAGCCGUACGCGCCCAAAGACGAGCCUCGUUCGUGGUGGCACGCCCAGUCGAACGACGGCUUCGAGGACCCUCGCGAGCUCGACCGCACCCUGUACUACCUGCGCACCGUCCUCGAGAGGGAAGGGCCGGUGGAUGGCAUUUUCGGGUUCUCGCAAGGCGCCGCGACGGCCGCCAUCCUCUGUGCCCUCGUCGCCCGCCCUUGGCUGCACCCGGCCUUCUCGUCGCCGGCGUCGCCCGGCGUCGCCUGGCCGCCCGUACCGUUCAAGUUCGCCGUCCUGUGCAGCGGGUACCUGCCCCUCGACCGGCGGUGCGAGUCUUGGUUCGACUCGCCGGUCGCCAUCCCGACGCUGCACGUCCUCGGCCGCAGCGACGUCGUCGCCCCGAACGAGCGCACGCUCGCCAACGUCCCGCGGUUCUCCAACUCGCGCGUCGAGUGGCACGAAGGAGGCCACUACAUCCCGCGCAAGCCGCACUUUGCGCACAUCUUCAAAGAGUUCAUCCUGUCGAACACGUUCCCCGUGGUCGAGCCGCCUCUGUUCCCGCUCUUCGCCACCUCGUCCGGCGUCAGCCGAGGCGCCUCUCCCUUCGACUCGCCGCGGACGUCGAGCUCGCCCUUCCCGACAGAGGACGUGCUCAUGCGCUCGCCGGUGACGGUCAUGCCACUGUCGCCCGCGCUGCAUUGAGUCCUUUCGCGCCCGUCGAGGCUCUGUAUCGUCCUCCUUUCUUGCCCUGUACCCCCAACCCUGCUCUCCUGUAUCCCUCAUAGCUCUGUAGCGUCACGACAACAUCUGUUCACCCUCCUUCCGCAGC